AUGAGCACUCGAAUCAACUUAAAAGAUGUUGGGUGGAUGUGUCAUGUUAUUCCACUGAAAAAAAAAGAAGUUUAUCAAGUACCUCCUCCAAUUUCACAAAUUCCAGGCAUUGGCUUUAUGUCAGAAGAAUCCGAUGCCCAGAAAAAGCAUACAAUGUAUUUCAGAUCAACUGAUUCACCGUUCGUACGACUGUCUAAAAUGGGUGGUAGACCAGAUUUACUAUGUUUUAGAGAAAACGAGCACAAUUCUGGAGCGCCUGUUCCUUAUUAUCGGUGCGAAUGGUAUUAUUUAGAGGAUAAUGCACUGGAACUUAAGCAGAACGUUGAGCCUGAACACAAACAAUAUGUGUUUAAAGUACCAUUCUAUAUGUCAGACAGCUCAGCAUAUCAAACAGAGAAAAGUAUGACUACAAAAGAAACUGCCAAUCAUCAGCCACCUGAAGAAAAUCAAAAUUUACUUGAAACUACCGCCACAUAA